UAUUAUGGGGGUAUAAUAAUUAUAAAUAUGUAACAUACGCUGUCAUACAACCUUAAGAAGAAGAAAAAGAAAGCGUAAUUUUCCAAGUUACUCAGCCGAGGAUUAUCGACUAAUGGGGAGGGGAAAGAGAAAUCGAGAAAACCUAAGGGAUUCGAUCAAAUCCAAUCCGAAGGCGGAGGAAACUGAAGUGGGAGAUGAAUCGAACGGUGGUGGUGCGACGGAGGAGGAAAGUGAAGGGGAUAUAUUUUUUUAUACGGAAGAUUUUCAGCCGAAAUCGGCGGCGGAGGAAACCCAAAAGGCGAUAGUGACUUUGUCAGAAGCGGCGAGGAAGAUCGUUCCCUCAGAUCUUGCGGCUUACCUCGCCAAAGAAGAGGAUGCUCCGGAGCUCGGCUUAUGGAGCUUUUACUUUUACCUAGAGAGCGCAUUUCCUGAAAUAUCAUCACAAUGGUUGAACGUGUUCAAUGAAGUUCCUUCGUCCGAUGUUCCUUUAUCUCAUAUUCCUCAAUCUGUCUACGAAACAUCACGCCAUUGGAUCAAGCAACUUCAAACUACUAAACACCCUACUUUCAUUAUGUGGGCGCUUGAUCGAGUUCUCACUGAUUGGGCAGCACAUGCACAAGAUACCUGUUUCAAAUCUCAGGUGGCAUCAUUUGUUGCAUUAGCGAUUGUGGUGCGUAGUAAACCUGAUGCUUUGACUUCUAUUUUGCCGAUGCUGAGGGAGAGACCUCGGUAUCAAGGCGAGGACAAGCUUCCGGUUCUAGUUUGGACGAUGGCUCAGGCCUUCAAAGAUGAUUUAUCUGCUGGCUUGUAUUCAUGGGCGCAUAACUUGUUACCACUAGUUGAUAAUAACCAGAGCUACAGCCCUCAGUCAGUGGAUCUCAUCCUGCGUUUUGUUGAGAUCAUUUUGUCGAAGCCAGACGCCCGGACCAUACUUUUAAACGCUGCUGUUAGGGAGGAAAAUCGGCUGAUUCCACCUUCUGCAUUUGAGAUCUUGGUGCGGCUUACAUUCCAUGCUUCAUCCGCUAGAGUAGAGGUAACAGAGAGGUUUGGGACUAUUUACCCCUUGUUGAAGGAAGUAGCCUUUGCACCAGGAAGCAACACACUGAAACAGAUAUUCACGUUUUCCUUGAAACUAGCUGGAGAAGGUGUAGAUGCAGGAAAUCCUUUUCUAGCCAAUGAAGCUACAUCAAUUGCUAUCAGCUGUGUGACCGAAAACGUUGAUUGUUUUAAGCAAUGGGAUAUUCUCUACAAAAAAAAUAUAGAAGCUAGUGUUGCUCUUCUUAAAAAGCUUGUAGACGGAUGGAAGGAUCAUUCCCUCAAACUACAGAGUGAUACUCUCGCUGUCAAUGAUACUGUACAUAACUUCAGGACAAAGAACCAAAAAGCCAUCACUGAAGGAGUAUCCGAUUGUUUUCUUUACAAAGAAGCUGACAAGUCCUGCAAACUGAUCUUGAGGAGACUCUUCCGUGGAAGUGGCGGCCUCCAAAUAGCUACCGCUAUGUUUAUAGCAGCUGCAGGAGUCGCUGCAGGAGGCGUUGCAGGAGCCGCACUUGUUCUAUCUUCUUAGUAGCAUAAUGAGAAGCAAAUUCAGCCUCUAGACGAUGAUCAAGAAUUGGUUGUACUUGACCCUUUAAAUAUUAUUUUGCCAAAACCCUCUUCUCUUCUCUAGUUUCACUAUCAUCAUAAACAUAUCUUAAUAUGUAUGUACUCUGUGUGGAGUGGAUGUAUAUAUUUUAUUUAAGCUACUUCGAAAGCUACAAAUCUA